CACCCCCGCCCCGGGAACCCCUGCUGCCCACACAGGGAGCCUUCCUGUCUUUGGGGGAACCGGGAGCUGUUUUUUGAAUGAUCUCUCAAUUUAUUUCUCCUUGACGUCCCCACAUCUGGUGUGUUCGUCCACAUUCGCAGAAGUCAGGCCCAGAUGUCUCCGGUUUUGUCGCCCGGCCCCACCGCGAGGACCAGGUCCCUCUCGCUGCCAUUUAUAGCCCAUCCCCGGGGAGUCUGUCACUGCCCAUGAGCCGUGUUUCUGUUCCCAGAAUGGAACCGGAUUUCUGGGUUUGUUUCUUAUUAUGAAAACAAUGCCCUGAAAACGGGGGCGGCGGGGAAGAAUUCGCCCGAUUGCAACAUGUGCCAGGAAGCGUCGUCCUAAAACGCGGAAGGUGUCGGGCCCCCCGCCAUGCGUGCGCGACAACUGGUGACCCAGAGGCUGACCUCAGAGCCGGCCUGGGAGCCGGGACCUCUGGCCGACGUCCAGCUGCCCUCCUCACCUUGGACGCAUCCAGUCUCCCCACCCAUCCUGGAUUCUGCAGUCUGACAAGGGCUCAGAGGGGCGACAGGGGCUCAGAGGGGUGACAAACAGGGGACGGUGGUGCCCGGAGGGAAGAAACCAUUCGCCUGGGGUCACGCUGGGGGUGCCUGGGGCUGCCAUUCAAACGCAGGGCCUCUCUCUGGGUUCUUCUCUGACACCCUGGUCUCCAGGGGUCACAGAGGAGACGGCAGUGGUCCUCACCCUUGAGGGUCACGGCCACCGGGGCAGGACAGGGUUGGAGGCGGUACGGCUAGUGAUACUACUGAGCGGGGAGCGAGGCAAGUCGGGGAAGGUUUCUUCGAAGAGGGGUUAUUCGGGGUGCCUGGGCGGCUCGGUCAGUUGAGUGUCCGACUCUUGAUCUCGGCUCGUGUCGUGGUGUCACCAUCCGUAGCCUCCCCUCUCCUGCCCGUGCUGCCUCUCUUCCUCUCUCUCUCUCAAAAUAAACAAACAUAAAAACAAAGAAAACCGAAGAGGGUCAUUUGGACUGGGGCGUUGAAGCCCGCGUAGGAGUUCGCCAGGCCCGCGCGGAUUCAAGGGCAGAAUGACUCACCGGCGUUCCUUCUGCCUGCUCCCCCAGGUGUGCCCGGCGUCCCCGCCCGCCGCCCCCGGCCCGAUGGGUUGGUGACCCGGCGCCAUGUGGCCCAACGGCAGCGCCCUGGGGCCCUGUUUCCGGCCCACCAACAUCACCCUGGAGGAGCGGCGGCUCAUCGCCUCCCCCUGGUUCGCCGCCUCCUUCUGCCUCGUGGGCCUGGCGUCCAACCUGCUGGCCCUGAGCGUGCUGGCCGGUGCGCGGCAGGGCAGCUCGCACGCCCGCUCCUCCUUCCUCACCUUCCUCUGCGGCCUGGUCCUCACCGACUUCGCGGGGCUGCUGGUCACCGGCGCCAUCGUGGUGGCCCAGCACGCCAUCCUCUUCGACUGGCGCGCCGUGGACCCCGGCUGCCGCCUCUGCCAGUUCAUGGGCGUCGUCAUGGUCUUCUUCGGCCUCUGCCCGCUGUGGCUGGGGGCCGCCAUGGCCUCGGAGCGCUACCUGGGCAUCACCCGGCCCUUCUCGCGGCCCGCGGCCGCCUCCGGGCGCCGCGCCUGGGCCACGGUGGGGCUGGUGUGGGCCUCGGCGCUGGCGCUGGGCCUGCUGCCCCUGCUGGGCGUGGGCCGCUACACGGUGCAGUAUCCCGGCUCCUGGUGCUUCCUGACGCUCGGCGCCCAGCCUGGGGACGUGGCCUUCGGCCUGCUGUUCUCGCUCCUGGGCGGCCUCUCGGUGGGGCUGUCCUUCCUGCUCAACACGAUCAGCGUGGCCACUCUGUGCCACGUCUACCACGGCCAGGAGGCCGCCCAGCAGCGCCCACGGGACUGUGAGGUCGAGAUGAUGGCUCAGCUCACGGGCAUCAUGGUGGUGGCCACUAUCUGCUGGAUGCCGCUGCUGAUCCAUGAGAACAGGCCUGGGAGGGACACGCCGAGGACAGGACAGGAGCACCCGUCAGCCAGACGCACCAUCCUGUAACUGACGCUCCCACGGGAACCCAUAGGUGCCUGUGGCUGGCACCCACCCCGGGAACGGGUUCCUCGCAGGCUCCCUGUUUCCCUCCCCUGGCCGAGAUACACACAGCCGUCGGCCAACGAGGACCCUGCCCUCCAGCCUCCUGGCUCUUGGUAACACCCAGAAGGAGCUCCGUCCUGCUCCGAGUCGUCAGAACUGGGGCUCUGACGCAUGAAUAGGAGUUCACUCGCUAGACCGAAGGGGGAAGGCAUCCCGGGUAGAAUCCCUGCCUCACGAAACAAUUCCUGAGUCCCCUUUGGGGGUAAGCUUUCUCAGAAAGGGCCGGGCGGUGAAUAUGCCAGGCACGGUCUCCGUCACAACGACUCGGCCCGGCCCAGGGAGCGUGGAGGCAGCCACCGAGGACGGGGAACAUGCACGUGGCUUGUGCCCCUGGGCUCCAUUCGUGGACGCCAAGGUUUGAAUCCCAUGUCGUUUUCACGUGCCACAGAUAUGCUCCUUUCUCUUUUUUCUCCCACUGUUCCCACAUGGAAGGACAUGCUCGACGUAACAACAAAACCAAAGCAAAGAACAAAGCGAACAAAAGAAGGCAGAAAGACGGCGGAGGGCCAGAUUUGGCCCCUGACCACCCCCCCGCUCUAGAGCCUCCCCUGGCUCCCAUCGCCCCCCAGGACAGGCCCCCAGACGCUCCCUGCAAACUCACCUGGGGAAACUGCCAC